AUGACUUCCACUUAUUCCAAAGCAUGCUGUGAGACUCCUGUGCCGUCGACGGUUAUGGAUUAUCAGGCAAAAGGAGAAUGGAUCGACGUAAAUGAUGAGAAAACUUAUAUUGCCGGUGAUAAAACUGCUACUCGGGCUAUUGUCUUGGUCUACGAUAUCUUUGGCUAUUCACCCCAGACUUUGCGUGGAGCCGAUCUUGUUGCCGAGGCUUUGUCAAAAUCGGCAAGAGGUCCUGUUGCAGUCAUCGUCCCUGACUGGUUCGACGGGACUGUUGCAGAGAAAGCAUGGGUCCCGCCGGUGUCAGAUGAGCAGAAGCAAAAGCUUGGAAACUUCAUUCAAACAAAAGCCUCCCCUGAACUAGUCGUGCCCCGUGUGCUCAAAUUUGCUCAGACACUGCAGCACCGCGCAGUUCUCCCACAAGUCCAGAAGCUGGGUAUAUUUGGGUUCUGCUGGGGCGGUAAACUUGCUUCCAUAGCAUGUCAACAAUCUGCCAGGAAUAUUUUUACGGUUGCUGUGCAGACUUCUCCUGCUCGGGCUGACCCUGAGGAGGCGAAAAGCAUCUUAGUGCCAAUGGCCUUGUUGACGUCCAAGGACGAAGAUCAGGAGGCCUUGACUAAAUUUUAUGAGAAUCUUCCAACCUCGCAUAAGUUACUGGAAAGGUUUGAUACCCAAAUUCAUGGGUGGAUGAGUGGACGUGGCGAUCUUUCAGAUAUUCAAGUCAAAGCCGAAUAUGAACGAGGAUACACAAUGGCCGUGCAAUUCUUUGAUAAAUAUUUGUAA